UCUGGGCGCCUUUGACCACGUGGGAAGGUGCGGAGCUAGGGAAGUAGAAUGGCGGACUCGGGGCCGAGGUGCGCAGCUUGUGAUCUUGUAGUUGGAAUUUGUGUGGAAAAUCGCUGCGGACAUUACUUUUGCCAUGAAUGCACUAUGAAGAUGAAGGAAUCAAAUGUCCUAUGUUUGUUAUGUGAGUAUCGUGGAAAUGAAGAUUGUCAAAGUUUAAGCAGUCGUGAAGAUCUUUUUGUUGAAAGCGACAUUCCUGUAAACUGUACAGGCAUGUCUUUGAAUAAUCCUGAACCAAACAAGCAACAUCCCUCAAACGAAUCUAUGAAUACACAGCACACGAUGAAUGUUGACGAUUUGAAGGAUAAUCUGACUAUUAGGAUUGAUGAUGCAUUGGUGGUGGCAAAUUCAAUUUAUUCUCAGCUAAACCGUGCCAUGCAGAUGGUGGAAAAUAUUAAAGCCAGAAAUAAGGUUUUUGAAGAACGUGCAUCACGACAGAUCGAUGAGGAGUUUCAGAAACUUUAUACUGCUCUAGAAGCAAGAAAGUUACAUUUAUUUUCUGAGUUAAGAGAAGCAUCUGAUGCCUUUAACAUUAAUUUGGAAAAAGCUGCAAGAAACCUAGGAGAACAGAAAAAAGAUAUGAAAUCCCGAGUCUUAUGUGCAGAAAAACUAAAAGCAUCGCCAGCCCUUACAAUAUAUUGUAAUCUUAAUCAGCUUAUUGCAGAUUUGAUGGUGGAUUUUAAAAAUGAUCACAUGAUUGAAUCUCUGAAAACCCAUCCUAAUAUAAGGUUCACUAUGGAUGUUGAAGGGAUCAUUAAUGUACUAGAAACGAUUGGAAGCAUUUCGCAUGAUGAUACAGCCAAUUGUCAAGUAAUGCCUGAUGACUGCACUUUUUUGCCUACUGGAAGUGAAUCUUGCCCUUUGGCUAUUGAGCCGAUGCAUGAAAAUGCUGCAACAUAUGUAACAGAAACAACAUGUUCCAUGGAUUUUCAAAACAAUCUUGUACAGAUGGUGAAAAAUGAAUACGACCUAGAACUAGAGUACCAGCCCUGCUUGGAAACAGUUGAUACUGACUGUCAGGCAACAAGCAUGCUUUCAUUUAAGAAUGAAUCUCUUCACUUGAAUUCUAUUCCUGAUGUUAUUAUAGAACAAAUUAUUGACGAUGACUGUCCAACUACAGAGCUGAACCGCUGUAAAGCAAAGAAAUUGAAAAAGAGCGAGAGGAAUAUGGGUUACUGUUCCCCUUUUUCUCAGAAGAAAGGUGAUCACGGCAAUGUGGAACUUGUAUGCCUCAUCCACAUUGUUAAUCCUUGCAGCUUUUACAUUCACCGUUUGUCUCAAAACAAGCAGCUCAUCAUGCUUGAGCGGAAUUUAUCUGUGCUGGGCCGCACAUGCAGCCAUUGUUCUCCUUGUGACAUCUUGGAGCUAGGAGAAAUUAUAGCUUUUAGAAGUUCAAACCGCCAAUCCUGGUAUCGUGGAAGGAUUACUGAGCUGAUUCCAUUAGAAACUAAAUAUGUCCAGAAACCUUGUGGCCCAGCCAGAUAUCGGGUUGAAGAUAUUGCACGUAUAACACUUUUCUUGCUUGACCACGGAAACUCUGAGAUAUUCAUUGUGACAAGAUUUGCAGGAGCCUGUUUGAAGAAAGGUGAUCCGGUUUCCAGUUGUCUAAGUGAAGUAAAUGAUUUAUGCUGUAUUUUGACAAAAUUGAACUCAUUUGAAUUGGAGUGGUUAAGGACAAUGCCUCCUUUUGCAGUCCAUUGUUCACUGGAUAUUAUUCCUCAAAGUCCAGAUGGAAGAUGGACCAAGGAUAUUAGAAAAGAAAUCCUCAAGAUGAUAAAUAACAGAAGUGUGCAAAUGAGAGUCUUCAGGAAAGAGAACAAUACUCUAAUUGUUGACUUAAAGAAGCCUGUCACAAGUAAAAUGAUCAGUGACAUGCCACUCUCCCUUCGGGAAUCUCUAGUCUUCGCUAAUUUGGCAAAGUUUCCCUCUGAAGUUCAAGGUUCACUUGAAAAUGCAGCUGUUGCUCAUUAUAAAGAUCCAGAGUUUCCCAAGAACAUGACAGAAGUUGUCCUUGCCUGUCAUGUGAAUGAUCCCUCUGAUUUCUACAUUAAUGUGAUUGGUGGAUCCGAAUAUAUUAAGGUAGUCCGCAAGAUCCAAGAUGUCUAUAACAAUGAAGAUAUAGAUGACUGGAUAAUUGAGUACCCAGUAAUUGGUCAAGCAUGUGUUGCCAAGUUUGAUGGGGAUGGAGACAACGAUGAGCAGUGGUACCGAGCUGAAAUCGUUGGAUUACACAGUGCUGAAGAUGUUGACAUUAGUUAUGUGGAUUUUGGCAAUGUUUGCAGAGUCAGUGUGACAAAAUUAAGAAAGUUGAAAGAUGAAUUCUUAGCAUUACCACGUAAGGCAAUCUGCUGCAGGCUGGCAUAUAUUCAACCUUCCCAUGAUGCUGCUCACUGGAGUUCAGAUGCAUGUAAAUUAUUUGAGGAACGGACUUCCUUUAAGCGCCUGAGAUGUAAUUUCAUAGGUAUGUUUGUAGAAAAUAAGCUGUCAGUUGAGCUGUUUGAUGUCAAUCCAGCAAGUGUGAUGAGCAUUAACAGCAUUCUGGUUAACAAUAAUGUUGCUGCAUUCAUACCUUGUGCAUCUGGAUCUGCUGAUCCACAUCUGCCUUUGAAGGAAGUAUGGGAUUCAGUUGUAGACCGACCGCUUGACUCCAUUGAACAGUGUAUUGGCACCAUUUCCCUUUCUGAGCGCAGUGAGCUUGAUGUGUACAUAAGUCAUGUGCUGUCUCCCAGCAAGAUAUUUGUACAAUGGCGGUCUUCAGAGAACAUUCUUAAAAGCUUGGAAUCAUCCAUGUUUAGGAUGUAUGAGAACUCAAAACCGGAAAGCACUAACUGGCAGGUUGACAUGUAUGUUGUCGUCCAGAUGUCAAGUGAAAAAAAAUGGAGACGUGGAAAGAUUAAAAGCAUAAUAUCUGAACAACUUGUAGAGGUGUUUUUCUAUGAUUUUGGAAUGGAUCAGCAGACUAAUGUGACCAAUUUGAGAACAUUAGACGAAAACCUGAAGAUAUAUGGUUCUCUGUGCCUGGAGUGUACCUUAAUGGAUAUACAGCCUGCUGGUGGAUGUAAAACCUGGACAGCAACUGCCUGUGACUUUCUUUCCUUCUAUCUUAACGGGGCCACUGCAAAAAUGAUAAUUGAAGAAAAUGCAUCACUGUGGCCUUUGCCUGUAAGGAUCUUAUGCAAGAAUGAAGCAGGCCAGCUUAUUGAUGUGUCUGAUUUCUUGGUGAAUAAGGGAUUGGCCUUAAGAGAUAGAAGGUUGAAACAUGAUUCCUUAAUGGAAGUUGAUAAAACUGUAAGCACAUCAACCAAGGCACAUGAAUCUGUGAAAGAAGCUAAUGUGGAAUCUAGAUAUGACAAGUCAGAUGAAGAAAACAUUACCGUAAUUGAGUCUGCAAUCGAUGUGAACGCUGAGGAGCCAUACUUACCCCCAAUCUUACCGAAUGAGACACCAUUUAUAGCUAAAGUCAGCCAUGUUGCUGAAGAUGGCACCGUUUAUGUGAUCCAGGAGUGUUUGGAUAAAGAGCUUGGCAUCCUUAUGCUUGACAUCCAAAAUUCGUUUAAAUGUCUUGGAUUAAUGGCACCAUACAACUGGAAAAAAGGAGAAGGAUGUAUUAUUAAAGGAUCAGACACAAUGUCUUACAGAGGGCGUGUUCUAGAAAUUCUAGGAGGAGAUAUGAUCAAGGUACAAUAUGAAGAUUUUGGGUUUACUGAAAAAAUUCCAAAAUGUCACCUUUACCCAUCUGUAUUCAAUCAAUGUGUUCCACGCUUUUGCAUACCUUGCCAACUGAUUGAUGUACUUCCAAUUGGUGACCACUGGCAACCAGAUGCCAUACAGUUUCUUAAAGAACUUGUCUUGGAAAGACUUGUCGUCAUCCAUCUUGUGGAACCACCAAAAUCUCAUGACAGCAGUGCUUCUAUCUACUUGCAUUGUGGAAAUGCUUCAGUGUCUGCUAUCCUGGAGCGGUAUGCCUACUGUAUUCCAAAAGACUGUGUGAGAAAAACCACAAUUGAAACGCAGUGUUUCUCCAAAAUUUCCCAUGAAAAAAUUUGGGGCAUUGAUUUUAAGGAACUGCUUUAUGGUGACUUGUAUACCCCUAUGUUAUGUCAAUAUUCGCUGGUACCAUUGCCUUCUUCAAAAGCGGUUUUCAAAGUCCAAGUGACCCAUAUAGAAACACCAGACCGGAUGUUUGUUUGCAUCAAGAACAGAGGAGAGAUGUCACACAUCGGCAAUGAAAAUCAAAAGAGUGACUGUGACACAGUUGAAUCCAAACUGAAAGAAAUCAACAACAAAGCAACUAAUUUACCAUGCUUGACAGAUUUUAAAACAGAAAUGCCAUGUCUUGCAAUGUACAAUGACAAUAUGUUACACCGAGCAAAGAUAGUGUCUGUUAAAAGUUAUGAUCCUGCGGCCUUGGUUGUGCAAUUUGUUGACUAUGGAUCAACCACAGUGCUUGAAACCUGCAGCUUGUUUCAGCUUCCUCCAUGCCUUAUUCAGUACCCUGCAAGAGCAAUAAAGGUAAAACUGGCUGGAUUUAGGCCGCCUAAAGAAGACUUUGAACGACAUAGACUUCCUUACGAAAUGCAAUGGAGCUUUAGAGCAAUGUUUGAAAUGAUCGAGUUAGUGCAAGGAAGAACACUCUUUGCUGAAUUUCAGCCUAGCGCUGCAGAAACCACUGUUUGUUUGUUUGAUGAAAAGCUGCAACCGGUGCACAAACCAUUGCUAAAUAUGGGCCUGGCUGAUCCUGAGUAAUCAUAACUAUAUGACUGAAGAUUUACUACUCUGAAGAUAAGAGUUCUUCCUUUAUUAUGUUGCCUGCUAUGGGAUUUUGUUUAUCCAACUAUGGAUCAGUUUGAACAGUUGUACAUUAGAUAUGUAGUUGGUUGUGUUACCUGUUAUGCAACUUCUGUUUUUUUUUUAUCCACCUACAGAUGUGUUAGAACAGUUAUAUGUUAGAUAUGUAGCCAUUUCAUUUUUCUAGUGUUUGUGUGCAAAACAUAAAUAAAUGUGUGCUGAAAAUAUUGCAUAAAACAA